AGCUCACCUGGAGGGUGGAGCAAGCGAUGGUUCGCACUCAGCGACAAGACUGCCGGCUCUACUACGUGAAGAAGCCCGAUGAGAAGACUCCUAGGGGAGUCAUUCCUCUCGAGGACUGCAUAAUAGACGAGAUAGUGCCGCCAGAGGAGGUACCCUCAGCGUCGGACAUCAAGGCAGGGUCGAACCCAUCAGCGCAAGCACUCUCCUUCAAGAUCGGCAACAGAGUGCCGUACAAGACCGUGGUCAAAGUGCACCAGUCGCUCAUCCUGAGGGCAGACAACAUGGCAGAGAAGCAGCAGUGGGUGGCGCGCCUGCGCAGCCACACCAAGGCCUUCAAGGAGGCGCCACCUCCCCCUCCCCCUUCCUCUUCCACCGGGGGCGACACCGACCAAUCAGGAGACGAUGGCAGCAGCAGGGAUGGUGAUUCGGCUGGUAGUGGUGGUGGGGGUGGGGGCAAUAUUGUGCCGGGGGCGCUGGGGCUGGGAGGGGGAGGGGCGGCGGGGGCAGGGCGGGUGGCGAAUCUGGAGGAGGAGCUGCGGUACCAGGUGGCUGAAGUGCGGCGAUACGUGCAGGCAGUGCUUGUGCACCUGGCUGACAACAUUCCUAAGGCCAUAGUGCUGGCUCAGGUGGAGCGGGCGCGAGACUCAAUGCUGACGAAGCUGUACCAGACGGUAAGCGGCAUGUCGGACGACCGGCUGCAUUCCAUGCUGCAGGAGGACUCCGAGAGCGCCGGCAAACGCGACAAGUUCAAGCGCAUGCGCGAUGCCAUGCUGCAACUCAAGAGGGCGCUUAGUUUGCAUGAGGCACGGGCGUCUGCUGAGGACGAAGGACAAGGCACCAAGGAGACAGUGGAAGCGUGGAGAACAGCUUUCAACAAGGCCACCCCUGCCGUUUCUUCAAAUCUCUGUGCAUGUGCGCCCUCUCUCUGUGCCAUAUUGUGCCCUGCUGUCCCACCAGGCACCAAGGAGACAGUGGACGCGUGGAGAGCAGCUUUCAACAAGGCAGCCCCUGCCGUUCCUUCAAAUCUCCAUGCGUGUCCGCCCUCUCUCUGUGCCAUAUUGUGUCCCGCUGUCCAACCAGGCACCAAGGAGACAGUGGACGCGUGGAGAACAGCGUUCAACAAGGCAGCCCCUGCCGCUCCCACAAUCCUCGAAGAACCCUCUGCUGAUUCCAGCACCCUUCCCUCCCCUUCCUCUCGAAAAACGCCCCCACCACCACCAUCCUCCUCGUCCUCAUCAUCAUCCUCCUCUUCCAAACCUUCCAAAUCGUCAGCAUCGGCAGCCGUAGCAGCCGCUGCAGCAGCAGCGGCCGGUGCUGCUGCUGCUUCUCCCACCCCUCCCACCUCAUCCGCAGCAGCAGCAGCAGGAGCAGCAGCAGCAACUGGAGCUCCUUCCUAUGGUAUCUCACAUGCAUCGUCAUUCCAGCCCACCCGUUCCUCCUCCUCCACCAAUCAACAGCCGCCAGCUAUCACCCGCGGCAUGACCAUGGGCUCCGUGCCGAACCCGCUAGGCGCGGGAGUUCCCGGAGCUAUGGUCCCAGGUCCGGUGAUGGCUCGGGGGCCGCCCAUGGUCCCAUCUGCAAGUACUGCCAGGAGUGCGAGCCCGCUAAGGCAGACCCUAGCAGGGGGGAUGGAUGCAGGAGGGGGGAUGGGGAAUCCCUUGCGUGCCACGUCUAGGAGAGCCCCCCCUGGCCCACCCACUGGUUUCAGCUUCAAGUAA